AUCACCUUAGAGAGCUAAGCACUUUUUUAAAAAUGCAAAGAUGCUCUGACGUCAGCGUGUUGAAAUAUUUUUUCUGUCGCUCAGCUGGUUUGGAGCUGUCAGAGAGCGCACCUCCUCUGCUUCUCACCCGUGCGCCAUGACCGUGGAGACGUGCAGGAGUUUUACAGGAGGAUGUCAUUUCCAAAAGUCCGCGCGCAGAGAAGGAUGCCUUUUCAUUCAACGCACUGAAGGGAUGGGACGCAGAUGGAUCGUGUUCACACGCUCCGCGAUUAAGUGAUGGAAAUGUUGCCUCCUAACUGACAAGGCGCACAAGUUUUUUUCCUCUUCUGUGGAGGCAGCGGGCAGGUCAGACACUUAAGGGACUAAAAUAAUCAGAAAGGACGGAGCGAUAAAAAAUCAUGCACUGUUCAUAUCCAUGGAGAGAUGGCAUGCGUGCUCCUCUUCAGUCGACUUCUUCCCUUCUCACAUCGGCUCACAAGAACAUCCGUUUGCUUAUUAUCCCUUUUCCUUUCUUAUUUGUGCUAUUGUGCGCUAUUCCCUGCCGAUCCCAUCAUGAAAAAGUCAGGUGAUCCGACGCCCAGCUGUCAGCGCGUCCUGGCUAACGGGGCCAAGAGGCGCAUUCAGAAAACCCUGUCUUGCGUUUUGUCGUUGGAUGCCAGACCGAGCAGUGUGGAGGCAUCUCGGCUAAAAUCCGUGCAAAGUCCUCCUUCGACUUUUCACGUCGUCAGGAACGACACGCCCAGUCCCCCCAUGGGCAAUUUAAAGUUUGGGAAUAAAAAGUUGCCAAACGCCAUCAUAGUUGGUGUGAAAAAAGGGGGGACCAGAGCCGUUCUGGAGUUCAUAAGGAUUCAUCCCGACGUGCGAGCGGCUGGCACCGAGACACACUUCUUCGACAGGAACUAUGAUAAAGGACUGGAGUGGUACAGAGGUUUAAUGCCAAGGACUCUUGAAAGCCAAAUCACGAUGGAGAAGACACCAAGCUACUUUGUGACAAAAGAGACACCACACAGGAUCUCCUCCAUGUCCCGAGACACCAAGCUCAUUGUGGUGGUGCGCGACCCCGUCACUCGUGCAAUAUCAGAUUACACUCAGACUUUAUCCAAAACCCCUGACCUGCCGAGCUUCCAGGAGCUGGCCUUCAGAAACCAGAGCCUGGGCAUCGUGGACACGUCCUGGAACGCCAUUCGGAUCGGCCUGUACGUUUUGCACCUGGAAAACUGGCUCCGUUACUUCCCUCUGGCUCAGAUCCACUUUGUGAGUGGAGAGCGUCUUAUCACAGACCCAGCAGGGGAGCUGGCUCGGGUGCAAGAUUUCCUGGGGUUAAAGCGUAUUGUCACAGACAAACACUUCUAUUUCAACCGCACCAAAGGCUUCCCUUGCCUUAAAAAGCCGGAAAGCAGCGGCUCACCCCGCUGCCUGGGCAAGUCCAAGGGCCGAACUCAUGUGCAGAUAGACAGAGAUGCUAUUGAACAACUGCGAGACUUCUACAGACCUUACAAUGUCAAGUUUUAUGAAAUGGUGGGUCAUGAUUUCAAAUGGGAAUAGAGGUUUGAGACAUCAUUUGAAGUGGUACAACAAAGAUUUCUGUAUUCCACAAAUUACCUACAGACAUGUAUUACAGCUAAGGCAGAUAGCUAAUCAUCAACAGUCUCUAGACAUUUUUUGAGUGAAGCAGCAAAAGCAGUAAUAUUCAGUGAAGUGACACUAAUGAACAGCGCAAAAUGGAGGAUGACAUUGCUUUUGCACUUGUAAUGAUCACCAGCCAGCAUCAGCAUCCUGUUUGUUGCCAGAUAUAGCCGUCAUUUCAUCUUCAGGUGCACAUGACUUCUGUUCCUGUUACUGUAUAUUAUUGCUGACUAGAUUCACCAUUUGCUGACAGGUUUAUGAAGAAGGGAAGAGAAAAAAAAAGGAAAAAGAAAAUUCCAGGGAAAGGGAUUAGUUCCUUUUAAAACCUGCUUCCCUAAUCAAGGCAGGGCUUUAAAGCAAGACCUUGGAAAAUGUCAGUGAAGUCUUCAGGGAGAGCAGAAUUAAGCUCCAGCACUGUGGUGGUAAAUAUGAACUGUAAAGCCAUAACGCAAGUAUGAACCACCUAAUAUCACUUACUGGUCUCAUCGGUUUCUACACAGGGGGAACGAUUUUCUUUCUCAUUCUUUCCCGCAUGAAUCAGAGUUAACUAUAACAUGCAGCACUUCACUUUGUUCUCUGCAGUUUAUUUAAAAAAAUCUAUGGCUAUAUUUUUGUUUAAAAAGAAGUAUUUUAAUCACUGCCUUACCCACAGUGCUUGUCCAUGAACUCUAUGAAAUGAAUCAGAAGCACAAAUACAGUUUAUGAAACUGAUAAUUCUGUCUCAUUUAAACGUUGACUCUGAUAAAUUGCAUUUCGCAGAAAAUGUUGAAUUGUCUUUUUAAUUCCUUCCUUGAUUGAUUUAAAGCACCCCCACACACACACACCUAACAAAACAAUGGUCUUUUAAACUGAAAAUCUGUGACAUGACUGAAAAUUGAACCUCUUAAAAGUGGUCAGCUCUGUACUACACCUCCCUUUUCAGAUCUAGUUAGUAGAAUUGUGCUUUCAAUGGAUUAGACCACUUACAGUUUAUUCGUUAUUCGGCGAAAACAUCCUUUUGAGGCUUAUUGAAUUCUGUAAGGUUUGUUCUGUGCCUUGGCGGUGGUUGGUGGAUGAGUGGGUGUAGGUGUAAGGAA